AUGUGUGCCAUUUCUUAUAUUGUUUCGAAUCAGAAUUAACAUCUUAAUUAGGAAGUAAACAGGGGUUUACAAUUCUUUAACCUUAAGCCUGCUGGGGGCAAGUGAUUCUGCCUUUGCGACCUGUGCAGACCAAGAUCAGCCUGCAGAUCAGCCUGCAAAUCCGUGCAGGCUGAUCAUGGUCUGCACUGUUCGCUAUUCAGUCAGUAAAUUUUCAGUGAACACCCCUUCAAAUAAUAAAUGGUAUUACCCAAAUUGAAUGAUGGUCCAGUCCAUUUUAGAAAUUUAGCAGGCUAAGGGUUAAAUAGUGCCUUUACCUAAUCAAAUUUCACAGUACCUGAUGUUCCAAUAAAAAGAAGCACAUUCCAUUUAUUUUACCUGAGCAUUACCUUUUCCUGUUUAAAAUAUUAACUUAAGAUAUGUCGAAAAUUUUAAGAGGUGAAUUUAACGUAUGCUUUGUGUCUGCUUGUUUUUAUUACUGCGUUCGUUUGUAGUACAUGUACUGUGUACAUGUGCUCAGUCACUGUGUGCGUGUACACAGUUGCACGUUCCCAUGUUUCCAUGUGGAGUGCUGUAUGGGCGGCUACACAUUCCCAUGUUUCUAUGUGGAGUUCUGUAUUGGCGGCUGCACUUUUUGAGUUUGGCUUUACCUGCUUGACUUUUGUUCUUGUUUUCCAAGUGUCCCGAAGUGUUCUCAAAAGUGUAAUCCAUGUAAAUAUGAAAGUGCUAAAAAUGUAAAGACUCGAAGUUAUGCAUCUAUAUGUGUGCAAUCCUGGAAAUCAUUAAUUUCUCUACCAAUCGGAAGCAGUUAACAAGUGCUCAUACUAUAUUUGCGUGCUAAUGAUCGCAAAUGGUCAAAAUCGAUACCCAUUCGCACUUCACACAAUACAGUUCCUCCGAUUUUCGGCUAGUACGUCAUGUUUGCCGCUGUCAGUUUUAUGUUACGAUGGCUCUUUAUCACAGUGGAUAAAACGAAUGAUCGAAAAUAUUCAAAGCUUUAAGGUUUUUAAUUAAAAUCAGUUGUGAACUUUUUUAGUUUGUUCAGAGUUAAAAAAUGACCAGUAAUUGUUUCUCAAUUAAGGUUUAUAUAAAUAUAAAUGUAUAUGUCGAAUUAAACAUUGUAUAUUGAAUCACGGUAUACAUAGUGAACUACAUUCACCAACGAUCUGAUACGGAGCGGUCACGAUGUAAGCAGGCCAAGUGAUGAAGAUAUGUGUAUGUUGAAGGACAGGUGAUUAAAAGCAUUUGUGCAUUAAAAUUUUUAUGCUUUUAAGAUAUUUAAUGAUUUUUGCUUUAAAACUAAAAUUUGCAUUUUUGCAAUUUAACUUCGACAGAAAAGAAUAAAUUACAAUCAUAUUAUAUAUAAAAGUGAAACAAAGAAUCAAAAUAAUUAAACGAAAUCAAAUAUAUUUACACAAAAUGAAUAACGGAAGGACAUUACACCUCAACAGUGAAAAUAAAGAACCAUAUGAGAAUCAUAGCAAGGAUAAAGCGGCUGAUAAGCAGAUAGAUGUGGAGAAAGAAACUAAAGAAGAAUCUCCAAAACAAAACGGGCUUCCCGUGGACAGAGGUUGGGCAUGGGUUAUACUUUUUGCUUCUUGGUGCAAUUGUCUUCUGUCUAUCGGAAGUUACAAAGCAUUCGGUGUGUUAUUCAUAGAAAUCCAGGCUAAAUAUGGCUCAAGUUCGUCCAUGACGUCUUUGAUUGCUAGUUGUUUAAAUGGCACAUACAGUUUUACUGCAUUAAUUGUCACAACAGUUGGCUUACGAUAUUUUAGCAGUAGACAGUUCAUUGUAUUAGGAGGCCUGAUCAUAUCCGCAGCGUAUAUUCUGUCCGCAUUCGCACCAACAGUAGAAAUACUGAUCCUUCUUCUUGGCUGUGUAAGUGGUAUAGCACAUGGAAUGAUAACUGCACCAACAAUGACACUCAUUAGCCAGUAUUUUGAAAAGUACCGAAGCCUCGCCAACUGCAUUGCUACCACAGGUGCUAGUGUUGGUUCUCUUAUUUUCUCGGUUCUUAUUCCUCAUUGGAUUGAUGUGUAUGCAUUUUCUGGUACUGUCUUGCUGCUAGGCGGUGUGAUGUUACAGAUGACCAUCUCCGGUUUGCUGAUGCGUCCAACAACCUUUUACACUAAAGAUACUACUAACACUGACAAAGAACGUGAUACGGAUGAAGCGCAAAACGAUAACAAAAUUAUUUGUGAAAUCGACGAACAGAAAACGAAUGGAGCUCUAAAAUAUACAAAACACGCAGACAAAUUAAGCAAAGUUCUUAAAAGUGAAACAAGAAACGGUAGUCAUUUAGAGCUGCAAAAUGGACACAACAUCAAAGGAGCAAGUUCACCUUUAAUUGACGCCAAGUAUUCUCCUGUUUCGUUACGUAUCGCUGCAGCCCGGAACCGGAGGAAACGUACAAUAUCCGAACUCAGUAAAACGAGUCUUGCACAUACAAUGGGUAGUGCAGUUUCAGCUCUGAACAAAUCUAGUAUUGGAAGGUACGCAAGCACAGAACUUUCCUUUUCUUCUAUGUUAGAUCUGAGUUCAAAGACACAACAAGAACAUAAAGAAAAACAUUCCGAAAACAAACAGACAUGUGCAUGUUUUAAAAGAGUCUGUUCCAAAUUUGGCUCAGUUAUUGACUGUGGGCCAAUGAAAAGGAUUCCGUUUCUAUUCUUUAUUCCCUGUGGAUGUUUUAUCAUAAUGGUGUCAGCUAUUGGGCUUUAUCUACCAGCGUAUGCCAAAGACUUAGGGAUAUCUUCCAAAAAGUGUGGACUUCUAAUAACCAUAAUAAGUGUCACUGAUAUGUGUGCGGCAAUUUUCUGGGGUGUAUUUGCAGACAAACAGUACAUACGAAGGCACAAAAUCCUAUCCUUUGCAGUUGUGACGAUGGGAUUUGCAACUUGUUUUACUCCACUGUUCAAAACGUAUACUGCAUGUGUGGUAUACAGUGUGAUUUAUGGAAUAUUUGGUCGUGUAUACUUCAGUCUGUACCCAGUAAUUCUGGUCGACUUUAUAGGUCUCGAAAAUUUGCGAAGUGCACUUGGUAUUUUCGGUCUUGCACAGACAGCCACAUCAGCGGGUUUGCAGCCUGUCAUAGGUGUGAUGAGGGACCACUUUGAAUCGUAUUCACCUGGAAUGCUGCUGAUAUCAACAAUGAUUAUGAUUGGUGGACUGUGGAUACUCACGUUACCCUUUGCAGAAAAAUAUGAACAACGCAGGAACAGACAAAAUAUACAGGAGAAAGAUAUGGAACCAUAGCUCUUAUACUAGAAUUGAACAAAGAACUAUUAAACGGAGUCAUUGUGUUUUGAAAACUCCUACGUGAGAUAUAAGGUGUAUACAUGUAUGUCAUUCAUUGAAAAAAUGUUAAGAAUUCCCAUUUUAAAACAUGGAAUAAGAAUGGAGUAUGUCCAACCUACAGUAUCGAAUGGUAUCUUCAAAUAGAUUUUGUUUUCUUUUUGGAUUGUUAUGGGGCGAACAAGAUCUGAACUUUGUUAAACAUAAUUAUCAUUCCUAAGAUAUAAAUAUAAAAAACCGGAAAGAAAACAUUUAAGAAUGACACCGAGUACAAAAGGUAAAAGUCAUUGUUUUAACGUUACUUAGUAACUUGUUGAAUCUUCUGUUGAACUUUAUCUUUCCUUGGAAUUGCAUGAUGUCAUGUCUGUCAAUCAAUGGGUUAUACAUUGCUGUAAAUUCCCUUCGCACAGUAAAGCUAGUAAAAUUUAUCUUCUUCCACUGGAUAUUAGCAAUUUCCACAUGUUUACAAUAUAUCUGAAAUUGGAUCAAAACCUUGGGACGAUGAAGGUACGCAAAUUUUACGUGUUCCGUAUACAAAGGUCAUAAUAUCUAGUACCGCUUGACUUCGAAUCAUUUUCUUUUCUUUCUUUUCGUUUCAAAAAUGUCAGUUCUCUAGAAUAGAGUCCAUAAAAUCAUAAUACAUAUUUACAAAGCGCAUUCCCGUUGUUCAAACAAACAGCUUCGUAAAAUACCGUUCCAAAUUCGAAGUAACACAGUAGCAAAUUACCAGUGGCUUAUGAUUAUCUGAAUCACAAAGACAGUAUACGAAAAGGGGGAUAACCUUUAGUUAUAUUUGUCAAUAUUUCAACUUUCAUUUCAAUAUCUUCAAUACCAUUCAAAUUACAUUACGGACGAGGAACAUGUUAAGGGGUUAAAUAUGAAGAAGAGAACGGAUUGCACAAAACAAUUUGGAAGUCUUGCCAAAG